ACCUCAAGAAUCACUAGUGCGUUUGAUAAAACCGAUAUAAUUCAAGGUAAUUCAMAUUUUUGUCAGCAUUGUCGAUGACUUUAAUCAUUUCUGGUUUUGCGCGGCUCGGCUAUUUAAAGAGUUUUAAGAUUAUUGCACAGAAAAUAAAUCUUCCCACUAGUCGCACGGUUUUCAUAAUAUGUAGGUGUUGAGAUAAUGUACGAUGUUGACUUUGAGACAGUCUGUUUCAUAUAAGAAUAUAACUAGCUUUAAGUUGUCAUAACGGCACCAGCGUUCAUCCAGCUGUCAACGCAGGAGUGAGGUUUCAUCUAGCAUAGUCUUGUAGCAUGGCGAUUGUAGAGGGACAAUAGCAUAGUAGGAACACAUAAUUUGAGAAUUAACUAUACAGAAAAAAUGAUAUAUUUCGAGUUAUUACUAUUUGAAAACUAUGAAAAAAUGAUAUUUUCUGAGCUACUAAACUCUACAUGUAUAUAUUCAAAGAUUUCAGUUUAUAAACUUUGGUCUUAACGUUAGUGAAUUCGUAAACAAAAUGUCUGGUCAAGAUAAUGAUUUUCAUGAGUUUUGCCUUGUUAGCUCGUUCGGAUCCAUGUAGCGCACGUCAAUGUAGCUCACUUAUGUAUCGCUGAUUCUAGAAGAAGGUUAGGUGAAGUAACAAUCAUUAAGGGAAUUCUUAAGGGGAUUUGCUUAUAAAGACCAAGACAUUUGUGCAAUAUAUUUUUGACGAAUCAGAAAACCCCUGAGAGGACUGCAUUUCUCAUUAUGCUUUAAUUUACCAAAAGAAAAAGAAAAAAAAGGGAAAAAAAAUGACGUCGCUGCACAUUGGUUACGUUGCGCAAAGCAUUUUGGGCCGACGAUUUUCCUCCUUUGAACAAAUUCUUAUUGCCCAGCUACAGCCUUUGUUUUCCAAAUGAUAUAUGUGGUACACCAUUGGCAAUUAUUCUAUUUGUUUCACAUGCAUAUUGACCGAUUCACAGCAGCGUCCAUAUUGCUUCAGUAUCGAGUGCCAUCUUGAAAGGUAACCAAGCCUUUACAUCAAAGCCUGCAGUAAUACUGAAAUUGAGCCUGCAGUAAUACUGAAAUUGCUUUUAUUCACAUCGAAGAAAAUUAUUGACAUUUAUCUAUUACUGUGACUUUAACCGCUGUCUCGUUACAAUGCAAAAGAUCGCGGUAACUUUUCAAUAUGGCGCUGGGAACUGCACGAUUGAUUGGACUACUCCACUUACUUCAUAACAAUGCAAAAUACAUACUGUGGGUAUGGCUAGGCGCUGACCACCUUUUACUCACUUCAGAAAACAAAGCACGCUACUUUACCUACUGCCCUUUUAACCGCGAGCAGUCGUGUUGAUUUUAUCCAGAAUAAUCUUUUAAGUAAGUGAUAGCUGUAAUAAACACCUAGCUUUGCAGCCAUAAGUGUAGAAAUGAAAAGUGAMCUUAAAAACGAGUCGAAACGACAAUAUGAAACUACAAGAGAACGCUGGAGUUGAAAGGUCUUUGUUUGCRUGAGGUAAAAGUCGACGUAUAGCUGGUCCAAGAUUACUCCAAAGAUGUGGAACGAUUACAUGGUGUCAACYGCGUUUGUCUUCAUUGCAAGUUUUCUGUGGCAGACAUCAGAAGGAGCGUCAACUACAAAGAUGGGACUGUCUGAGGGAAAUAUGUCUGCAUUAUUAAAUAGUUUACUUGUUAAUUACGACAACAGGCUACGACCCAACUUUGGAGGAAAACAUGUCGUUGUUACUGUUGGUUUUUGGAUUUUAUCAAUCGAUGAAAUAAAUGUUAUGGAUAUGGAUUACAGAAUGGAUUUUUUCCUUCGUCAAUUAUGGCAUGAUCCUCGAUUAAAGCACUCUUUCAAUGGGACCUUAGCUUUAGGAAACUACAUGAUGGAUAAGAUUUGGGUCCCUGAUACGUAUUUUGAGAAUUCAAAGAGCUCAAGCUUUCAUAAAGUCACGACGGUGAACAAAAUGUUGACUAUAACAUCAAAUGGGGAUGUUCAUUAUAAUUCAAGGAUAACGGCCACAGCCAGCUGUCCUAUGGAUUUACGAAUGUUCCCUAUCGAUAUCCAAGAAUGUGGACUAAACAUAGAAAGUUAUGGUUACAAUGCCGAUGAAAUGGUGUAUAAAUGGGAGGAUAGAAUUGACAAUGGUAUUGCUGUGAACAAGAAAACACGUGAUAUGCCGCAAUACAACUUGACAAAAAUAACAGCAAAACGCAUCUUUACGAUGUAUUUUUCAGGCAACUGGUCUCGUCUGUCUGCACAUUUCCAGUUCCAACGUCGAUCUGGAUAUUUCUUUAUUCAUAUUUAUGGACCAUGUGCUUUAAUCGUAAUUAUAUCGUGGAUAUCGUUCUGUAUUCCACCCGAAUCGACGGCAGCGAGAAUAGCACUGGGAAUUACAUCAGUACUGACAAUAACAACAAUUUUAAACAUGUUAAAUAACUCAAUGCCUAAGGUUGCUUAUGUUAAAGCCAUCGACUGGUAUCUUAUCGGAUGUUUUCUGUUUGUAUUUGGAGUGUUAUUUGAAUACACACUAGUGCUGUACAUAGACAACGUACACAAUAGAAGACAUAGACGACGAAUGAAAAAACGUAAGAAGAUUGACGACACAGAUGAACUUGAUGAAUACAGACCACUUACAGAAGACUUUCAAACUCCGUCGACAAGAAACAGAAGUCACCAAAAUGGCCACUGCCAUCAAAAUGGAGGAUUACCGAAUGGAUUUCAAUCAUCAAACCAGUACAGCACAGUUUAUGUGAAACCAAGACAAAGAAAGGACACAGAGUUCGAGAAAAAACCCAACAAACCAAAAAGAAGUUUUCUAUGUCGAAUAACUUGUCGAGAUUUAAUCAAUAGCGAGUGUUUAGAUAGUUAUUCUAGAGUUCUUUUUCCAUUAUCGUUUGCCGUUUUCAAUGCUGUAUAUUGGCUUGUGUUUAUGCAGUUCAUAGUUGUUGAGGUAUAGAAUAUAUUUAUAGUAUAACUUAUUUCUUAUGGGUCUCCUUUCGCAGCCGUUAUGAGACUCUUUCCCAAGUCCAACCUUAGACCUAGUAACGAGCCUCAUAGCGUCUGCGAGAAAAGACUAGUGUUGCAUAGGUCGAUAUAUGAAUUCCAUUAAAAAAUACAUAUAAUUGUCAAGAGUAGUUUUCUUAAAAUGUUUAUUUUUGUCUUCUUGAUCUAUGACUGUAAAUAAAUUGCACGAAUAUUGUUUCACA